AUGGUACAUACUAGUUAUAAUACACAAGCCGCAAAAGCUACUGAUAAAACCGAAAGAAGUAAAGUCAUUAAACCUGACAAGAACGAAAAAGUCGACAAAAGUGAAAAGGUCGACAAAAGCGUAAAAUUAGAGACAAAACCUGACAUUAAAUCAAGAAAAAUGGCAACACCGCGUUCAAGAGGUCGUGGUAAACGUUCAACUAACACACCAACUCGGUCAUCACCUCGGAUCGUGCGGCGAUCAGCUUCUUAUCCAAACGCCGUUAACAGACACUUCGUUGAUAGUGUUCCCAUCUUGGAAAUCACACUCAGAUUCGAUGAGGACGAGUAUGAUGUCUGGCGAAGGCAGGAUACCGAUGAAGUAAAUCUUUAUUAUUUGUUACGUAUUAAAUAUCCUCGUGAUGAGGACGAAGAGGCUUGGCACGAAGAACUUGAGAAGCUGAAGCGUGAAAUAAAAGAAAUUCGAGUUAUUGAUGAAGAAACUUCGGAAUCGCCAAAUAUCACAGCACUUGCUACUACUAGCACUCGUUCAAUUGUCAAUAACAGUGUUAGAUCAACGCCUAACGGAACAAUCAAAUCUGAUGAAGUCAAGGUCCCACGAAGAACUUCUGCGAGAUUACAGGCCCGUUCUGCGAAACAGGAGCCGUCUAAACGUUUCAGAGAAGUUGAUAGUGAUCGUGGUGAUGUCAAGGAAAAAGUACAAAGCCUGAAACGAAAACUGGAUGAAAAAGAAGAAUAUCUGAAUUAUGGCCUAAGCAAUAAGAAACGUGCGGUUUGGGCCGGAAUUGGAGCAGCCGUUGGUGCUGGUGUUGCUAUGGUUAUCAUGAAUAGCAUGGGUAUAGGCCCCACUGAUAUAGCAAGUGGAAUUAGUGAUCUGCCGAGUAAAAUAGGCAGUAUGUUCUAA